AUGGCUGAGGGUCUCAGCUCUGCUCUUCCCCCUCGGCCCCUCUUCAGCCAACCUGAGGACGGUGCAGGGGACGGAGGUACCCAGGGAAUUCUGCAAGCUCUGGAUGUUCAGCAGGAGGCAGCCUGCCCUGUCCACUCCCAGCUAAAGCCAGAGCUGCUGACCCCUCAGCCCUGGGGCUGUGGCCAGGGCUGGCUCUGUUUCUGCUGCUUCACUUGCGGACUUGGGGCUUUGCCUGCCAGGGGCCCCUCUCUGCUCCCUGCCUCACCCCACCCUUGGGGGGCUGAUACCCUGGUAACCACACCCAGUCCUGCAGGGAGCAGAUCUCUCCACACAGUGGGACUCAGAGGCACUGGGACCCAGCGUGGAGCAAGUUGUGAGGUGGGGACAGCACGCGCUGGCCCCAGAUGGAAAGGACAGCAGAGGGACGGGCCAACGCGGAGGACCCUGCCCCUGCCCAAAGCAGCAGGGAGUUGUGUGGUCUCAUCUUCUUCUCCUGCGCAAGAAGAGGCCAGCACAACGCUGCAGUGCACCAAGUGGGCAGGACACUGGAGGGUGGCGGUGUGGGAUGAAGAGGGCUUCCGGGGCCGGCGGCACGAGGUCACAGCUGAGUGCCCCAGCGUGCUGGAGCUGGGCUUCGAGACCGUGAGAUCUUUGAAAGUGCUGAGUGGAGCCUGGGUAGGCUUUGAGCGCGGCUUCCAAGGGCAGCGGUACAUGCUGGAGCGGGGUGACUACCCUUGCUGGGAUGCCUGGAGCGGGAACACGGCCUACCCCAUGGAGAGGCUCGCUUCCUUCCUGCCCGUGGUCUGCACGAACCACCGCAACUCCAGGCUGACCAUCUUUGAGCAGGAGAACUUUCUGGGCAGGAAGGGAGAGCUGAGUGACAACUACCCCUCCCUGCAGGCCAUGGGUUGGGACAGCAAUGAAGUGGACUCCUUCCACGUCCACGCGGGGGCGUGGGUGUGCUCCCAGUUCCCAGGCUACCGAGGUUUUCAGUACGUGCUGGAGAGUGAUCACCACUCGGGAUACAAGCACUUCCGGGAGUGGGGAUCUCACGCCCAGACCUUCCAGGUGCAGAGCGUGCGCAGAAUCCCAGAGUGAGUCUGGCAGAAGAGCUCAUGUGUGUGCAUACCUGCCAGUGUAGCUCUGGCAGCUGCCAUGUGCUCUGUUCUUCUCCACCCUCGUGCCCCCUUGGAGCCCAGCCCCCAUGCUAGCCGAUGAUGGUGGUAAUAAAGAGACGGCCCAGUAUUAGCUGGAACUUUGCUGAUG